CGAUAUGUCUCUCAACAUAUAUGGCGGACAAAUAACUGUACUGUUGGGCCAUAACGGCGCCGGAAAGACCACUACAAUGAAUAUGAUUACCGGUAUAUUCCCGCCCACUUCGGGCACAGCAUAUAUCGGUGGUUAUGAUAUCAGACAACAGACUCGGAGGGCUCGCAAAAGUCUUGGACUGUGCCCACAGGAAAACAUUUUGUACAGUGAGUUGGAUGUGAGCCAACACUUGAAACUGUACGCUGUGUUGAAGGGCUAUCCCUGGGCUGAUGUCAACAAUGAAGUGCAAAAAAUCACAGUUUUGGUUGACUUAACAGAUAAGGCAAACACUAUGUCUACAGAUCUGUCCGGAGGUAUGAAACGUAAGCUAUCACUCGGUAUUGCAUUAAUAGGCAAUACAGAGAUCCUAAUACUGGAUGAGCCGACCUCUGGUAUGGAUCCGGAGGCGCGAAGACAUAUGUGGGAUGUCUUACAGAAUAUCAGAUCCGAAAGGACUAUACUAUUGACCACUCAUUACAUGGAAGAGGCGGACGCAUUGGCCGAUCGGAUCGCUAUUAUGAGUGAAGGAGAAGUGAAAUGCUGUGGAAGUCCUAUGUUUCUGAAGAAGGCGUUUGGCGCCGGAUAUCACCUCCGGAUCGCUAAGAACCGGCACUUCGAUAGCCAAUCGGUGUUGAAAAUAAUCCGCAAAACAAUGCCAAACGCGGACAUUAAAAGUGAGAUCAAUUCGGAGAUCAUAUACUCGUUGGAAGACAGCGACGAACGCGAGAGGAAUGAUACCCAAAGUGAAACCAAUGGUCAACUGAUCCAACUCUUCACGCAUUUAGAGGCCAGAAAAUACGAGUUAAACAUUGAAACCUAUGGCUUGACUGUCACCACAAUGGAGGACGUCUUCCUACGAGUGGGCAAUGAAUAUAUGGACAACUCUUCGGCCGAAGAGUUGAGCAAAGCGUCCACUAAUUCACUGCAAGACGCGGACCUAUUGUCGCAUAAUAUCUGUCGAAAUACUGGUAAUAAACUAAAAGCACAACAGUUUUGGGCACUUUUGCUGAAGCGGUUCCACUACGCGAAGAGGUAUUGGCCAAUGAUUGUUCUCCAGACAGUACUUCCGGCCAUACUAUUCAUGUGUAUCUUAUUGUUGGAUCAGUCGCUGAAGAAGUCGACGGUACAGACCUCUACCAAAAACCUUGAGUUAAACUUGAAGUCAAUCUACGGCCAGACCGAGGGUUUCAUACAGUCGUCGAGUGCGGCGUUUAAGCCGUUGACCGAUAAAUACAUUCAAGUGUCCAAAACUCAGGACAUGACCGCAACAGAGAUCACAGAAAACCCCAAUACUUGGGCCCUAUCUGGCAAUAGAGGUGACGAUAUCAGCAAAUAUAUCAACACUUAUUUAGUCGGCGCUCAGAUCAACGACACGGCCGACGACACCACGAAUACCGGUGAACCCGAGCUAAUAUUGAAGCCCUGGUAUAAUCAGGAGGCCAUACACUCACUCCCGGUGUCCAUCAAUUUCCUAUACGAAACACUAUUGAAACAGAAAUUCAAUAAUAAAAAACCAUCGAUCACACUAUACAACCAUCCGGUAUUAUAUGAUCAAAGCGGAAAUAAGAUGACCAUGAUUAGUGUGACUAUGAUGGUCACGUGUCUACUGCUGGUGCCCCUAACGGUGCCAUUUAUCGGCGCCUCUAUUAUACUCUUCAUUGUAUUUGCCAUUUUUGAUUUCGAUAAAAUCUUCAUGGGCAAUGCGAGCAACGCGGGCGGACUAUUCAUAUUAUUCCUGGCGUUUGGUCUGUCGGCCAUACCGUUAGCCUAUCUGUUCUCACUUCGACUCAAACAGCCCUCAACUGGUUAUGCAGUUCUGGUCGUCGUAUACCUGCUCUCAGGUAUCGCUCUCUCAUUGAUUGUGUUCUUCGUGUCAAUGCAAGCGCCGGAUGCGGCCAACGCUCUCGAAGGUGUGGCCAAUAUUAUGCCCGUCUAUGCCAUGAGUCACGGCAUACAGAAGCUGUACAAACUGGGCUCGUUUGGUGACGCGUGUGGCAAACUGACCAGGGAGUAUUUGGCCCGACAGUGCGACUAUCAGAAAAUUGGUGGCGAGACUGACGAGUAUUGGGGCUGUUGUAGGACUCUAUGCGAACCCACGCACGAGUGCUACGAUCAGCGCAAUGCUUUUCAAUGGGGCAAAUAUGGUAUUGUUACCGAAUUGGUGUACCUAAUUGUUACGGCAGUGGUCUAUACGGCUCUCCUAUCGCUAAUUGAAGGCAAUUUUCAACGAUUAAAAUACAUGUUUAAUAAGAACUCAAAGACAACGGCAGUGGUUAACAACGGGUACAGCACUGGACAGCAAAGUGUUGUGUUAGAUGUGGGAAACAAUGGCUAUGGUAUGCCAUUCGCAGUCCAACAAAUGGUAGACUCGGAUGUUUUGGUUGAAAAGCAGCGCAUCGAUGGUCUGGUGGGCGCCGAUAGUGUGACCAGUGAUGCGAUUGUUGUGCAAAAUCUGUGCAAAACAUUCAAAGCAUUUCCAGCCGUCGAUAACCUAUCGUUUGGUGUCCAUAAGGAGGAGUGUUUCGGACUGUUGGGAGUGAACGGC